AUGAAAAGAAUAAACGAAUAUUUUUCUACUAUUACGAAUAAAAGAAGUCCCGUGCCUGCUAUUCCAAUAGCAGAAGAAGAAUCAUCACUAAUUUGUGAUACAAUUAACUCGGAGGAACCAGGUACAUCGUCCUCAAAUGUUGUAAUAUCCCGAGUUAAUGAUGUUGGUAUGUUUAUAAAAGUGGAUCGCAACUUAACUGAUAAUGAAAAACAUAUAGUUCUCACAAAUGCAUGGAUUCCGCCUGUUUCUUACUCGUUUCCUAUAUUAGAACCUAAUAAAGAACGAAAAUUAAAGUUUCAACACCACUGGUUAACUACAUAUAGCUGGUUACUGUAUUCCGAAAUAAAAUCUGGUGUAUUUUGUCGACUUUGCGUGGUUUUUGCUCAAUGUGGUGGUGUAGGAAAUCAAAAACUAGGUAUUUUGUCCUCUGAGCCAUUUAACAAUUGGAAAAAGGCUAAAGAAGUAUUUAAUAAACAUUCAUCGUUGGAAUACCAUAAAACUCCUGCUUUGAAAGCUGAUAGUUUUUUAAGUGUUUUUUCUAAAAAACAAAAAUCAAUUGUUGAUGCUUUGGAUGAUGAUAGGUCAAAACAGAUAAUUAAUAAUAGAAAAAGGCUUUUACCAAUCGUAGAAUGCAUAAUUUUAUGUGGCAAACAAGAAAUUGCUCUACGGGGACAUAGGGAUUUUGGCCCAAUUGACUUUACAUCAGCGUCAGCUAAAAAUGAAGGUAAUUUCCGAGAAAUUUUAAAAUAUAAAAAAAUUGUUGAAAAAGUCUAUGCAUCCAAAUGUUUCUCAGUCUUGGCUGAUGAAACAACAGACAUUUCAGUUACAGAACAACUAACAAUAUGUGUAAGAUACUUAAGUGAAACGGGGAAUGAUGUACAAAUCAAUGAAGAUUUUAUCAAGUUUGUUGAGAUUCAUAGUUUAACAGGAGUUGAUUUAGCAUCUGCAAUUCUAAAUGGUCUCAAUGUUAGUGGUAUUAACUGUGAUUUUUUGUAUGGCCAAGGGUAUGAUGGUACUGCAAAUAUGUCCGGGCAAUUUAAAGGAGUAAAAUCUAUUAUACAGCCAAAGUAUCCUAAGGCAUUGUACGUGCACUGUGUUGCCCAUUCCUUAAACUUAGCAGUAUCCUCUGAGUGUGAUUUACAACCAAUUCGAAAUUGCCUUGGGGUCAUUGAAAAAUUGUAUUGUUUUUUUAAUACACCUAAACGCAAAAAUGCACUUUUUGAAGCUAUUAGUAAUAGUGAUUUGAUACCAAGCAUAAAAUCAUUAAAACGAUUAUGUGCAACUAGAUGGAUUCAAAGGUAUGAUGCCGUUAAUGAUUUUGUUCAGUUAUUUCCAUACGUUGUAGUUUCAUUAGAAACUAUAUCAAGUUGGAAAGAUGUAACUGCAGUUAAAGCCAAUAUGUUAAGAAAUGCAAUGGACUCAGAAUUUCUUAUAUCAGUACAAAUUAUAAAGGUUUUAUUUUCAUAUGGGCUGCCAUUGUACAAACAACUACAAAGCAAAGASAUUGAUUUAAAAGAAAUGGUUGGUUUAGCAGAAGAUAAUGUUAAUGCUCUUAAACAACUAAGAACUAAUAUUGAACCUGAAUUUAAAAAAAUAUUUAAUGAGGCUCAAAAAAUGGCUGAAGUUCUAGAUUUUCAAAUUGUAGUAAAAAGAAUAAACAAAAGGCAAAUAAACCGUGCUAAUCCAUCAUUAUCAUCCGAAGAACCAGAAGAUUAUUUUAGAGUUACUAUUUGUAUUCCUUAUAUUGAUUCAUUCAUAAAUCAACUAGAGCUCAAAUUCUUAGAGCACCAUAAUAUUUUUAAAGGUUUUCAUUGUUUAUUUGACAACAACGAAGAUUCUAAUGAAGCUGAUUUUAAAUCUCUUGUUUCAUUCAACUUAUCUCAUAAUGAUUUGUCUACCAUUCUUGGUGAACUUAAAAUGUGGAAGUUAAAACUUUCCCAUGAUCUUCCCAAAUAUCCAUAUGUUAUUAAAAAUUCUAUGGUCACACUGCCGGUAUCAACAGCUACUCCAGAAAGAAUGUUUUCAAAUUUAAAAAGAGUAAAAUCUUAUUUGAGAAAUACAAUGAAAGAGGACAGAUUAGAUGGAUUGACCAUGUUGUCGGUAUACCGUAAUAUAAAUUUAACUCCUGAAGAAGUCAUUGAUGAWUUGGGACAAAAACCCAGGAAAAUAGACAUUGUUUUAUAA